ACUUCAGCACUGACAGCCGAACUCCUACAGGUGCUCGAACAUGAGCGCGGAGGUGUGUUGCUUCUCCGAAGCCCGGCGAGUCGCGAUCUUCGGCGGUACACACGGUAACGAGAUGUCCGGUGUCACCCUGGUGUCCAUGUGGAGGAAGAACGGCGCGGAGCUCCGCCGGGACGGAGUGCACAUCGAGCCGUUCUUGUGCAACCCAAGAGCCGUGGAAAAGUGCUGCAGGUACAUCGAUACCGACCUGAACCGAGCCUUCACUCCAGAAAACCUCAGCAAGCCAGGUGGAGACGGGCAACCAUAUGAAGUUCAGAGAGCCAAAGAGAUCAAUCAGAUGUUCGGGCCAAAGGGAAGCCCGGACGCUUACGACGUCAUCUUUGACCUUCACAAUACUACAUCCAACAUGGGCUCCACACUCAUCCUGGAGAGCUCGACAGACCACUUCAACCUUCAGAUGGUGCAUUAUAUAAAAAAAGCCAUGGCACCGGAGAGCUGCAUGGUCCUGCUGAACGAACACCCUCAUCUUAAAUACGCCACCACACGCUCAGUGGGCAAGCACCCCGUAGGUCUUGAAGUGGGUCCUCAGCCUCAGGGAGUUUUGAGAAGCAAUAUCUUUGAGUCCAUGAGGAUGAUUGUGAAGCAUGCGCUGGACUUCAUCGAGCUGUUUAAUAGCGGCGUGGAGUUGCCGGCGUGCUGUGUAGACGUGUUCAGGGUUCACGAGAGAGUCGAUUACCCAAGAGAUACAAACGGCAACAUCAACGCUAUGGUGCAUCCGCACUUACAGGACUGUGAUUGGGAACCCCUGAACCCAGGUGACCCUAUGUUCCAGACCUUCGACGGUAGGACUAUUUUAUACGAAGGAGCCGGCCCCGUCUACCCUACGUUUAUUAACGAGGCCGCUUACUACGAGAAACAGCAGGCCUUCGUCACCACUUGCAGGGAAACGCUGGCUGUCAACGCGGUUAAAAAAAGCUCCCAAUAACCAACGGAGCUACAAUCUUCCACUUAUCAGAUCAUUACUAUUUUCACUGUGAAAUUACAACAGGAUUAGAAUAAUUGUAGACAAAUCAUAAACAUGUUUACAGCACUCAUACUGAUCAGCCAUAACAUUAAAACCACACUCACUGUCCAGUUUAUCAGCUCCACUUACCAUAUAGAAGCACUUUGUAGUUCUACAAUUACUGACUGUAGUCCAUCUGUUUCUCUGCAUGCUUUGUUUGCCCCCUUUCAUGCUGUCCUUCACAGAGCAGGUCUUAUCUGGGUGGUGGAUCAUUCUCAUCACUGCACUGACACUGACAUGGUGGUGGUGUGUUAGUGUGUGUUGUGCUGGUAUGAGUGGAUCAGACACAGCAAUGUUGCU